AUGUCACACCAAGAAUUUCGUGUCGCUAUCCUCCAAAACUUCAUGCUUGAAGAAACCGGUGGUAGACCAAUGGUCGAUAGACUCUCGCAUUUGAUCCUCCAGUCGAAGCCCAAUGCCGAAAUCACUCUUCAUGCUCCAAUUCAAGGCGAUGAGUUCCCUGACCUUAAUAGUCAUGAUUUAAUCAUCCUCACUGGGGGCCCUUUCAAUCUUUUACAAGAAGAUAAACCAUUCUGGGUGAUUGGGACCUUGGAUUUCAUCAAGGCUGCCACUUCGGGACAGGCAAAGUCAAAGAUUUUAGGGAUUUGCUGGGGCCAGCAAGCAGUUGCUCUAGCUUUGGGCGGUUCCUUGGAGAAGUCGAAAAGAGGACAUUGUAUUGGUGUUGAGAACAUCACGUUGAACUCUGAUGGUGCCCAAUUCUUCAAUGCCAAGUCCUUGAACAUACACAAGAACCACGAGAUCGCGGUAGCUGAUAUUGGACCCCAUCUCUCAUGUCUGGCCCCGAAUAACGAGGUACUAUUAUCCAAAGAUAAUCGCGUCCUUACAUUCCAGGGCCAUCCGGAGAUGGAUUCUGAGCUCUCUCGAUUAUUCGUGGCGACGGACGAUGUAUCCCCAUUGCCUCGUCCCGAAUUGUUAACAGACCUCAAGCCUAUCGAUGCACCACAUGAUGGCGAGGCAAUCUUCGCGGCGGUCAUGAGAUGGGCGUCAUAG